UGCUCGUCAUUGCCUGUCGUACGUCACUACGUACAGUAGGUGGCAGAAACAGGUCGCACUGCAGUCAAAGUUCAAUAACGCUCCACAAGAAGAAGAUGCAGAGCGCCACUGGAAGAUUCUGGAAGUCUCUUGUUUGGUGGUACACGGAGUCAUAAGACGAGAAGGGAUUUCACCAUAUUUGACGAUAAACCAGUUGAGAGGGCAACUAUGGUGAAAGAGACAGUUUUUUAUGAUAUGCUGGGUGUAAAGCCUAACGCCAGCCCUGAAGAGCUGAAGAAGGCUUAUCGUAAACUGGCAUUGAAAUAUCACCCAGAUAAAAACCCAACAGAGGGGGAAAGGUUCAAACAGAUCUCCCAAGCAUACGAGGUUCUGUCAGAUGCCAAGAAGAGAGAAGUGUAUGACCGAGGGGGUGAGAAGGCGAUUAAGGAGGGAGGAAAUGGAGGGCCAAGUUUUGGCUCCCCCAUGGACAUUUUUGACAUGUUCUUUGGAGGAGGGGGACGCAUGCACAGGGAGAGGAGAGGAAAGAACGUGGUGCAUCAGUUGACUGUAUCUUUGGAGGAGCUUUAUAAUGGAGCCACCAGGAAACUUGCUGUCCAGAAGAAUGUAAUCUGUGACAAGUGUGAAGGUCAUGGGGGCCGUAAAGGAGUGAUAGAAGUGUGUCCUUUGUGUCAUGGGGUGGGUGUCCAGGUCAGAUUACAUCACUUAGCCCCUGGCAUGGUGCAGCAGAUAUCAACAGUCUGUGCCGGCUGUCAGGGGCAAGGUCAGCGACUGGGUCACCGCGACCGCUGCAAAACAUGCGCUGGUCGAAAGAUACUACGGCAGAAGAAGAUUCUUGAGGUGCACAUUGAUAAAGGUAUGAAAGAUGGACAGAAAAUAGUGUUCCAUGGGGAGGGCGACCAGGAGCCUGGCCUUGAACCUGGAGACAUCAUCAUCGUCUUAGAUCAGAAAGCACACCCGGUUUUCACCAGACAAGGAGAGGAUCUCAUCAUGAACAUGGAGCUACAGUUGGUAGAGUCCUUAUGUGGUUUUCAAAAACCUAUUAAUACACUGGACAACAGAACUCUACUCAUCACAUCCCAUCCAGGGGAGUUGAUCAGACCUGGAGAUAAGAAAUGUGUUCAGAAUGAGGGAAUGCCGUUGCACCGUCGGCCAUUUGAGAAAGGCAAACUCAUCAUCCUUUUCAGCGUUGUCUUCCCUGAAGAGAACUUCCUUCCAUUAAACAAACUCAAGGAGUUAGAAAGGUACUUCCCUGAAAAACAGGCUAAUAUUGAGCCUGACAGCAUGGAUGAUGACCUCUAUAUCUACGCUGACCUUGAAGACUGUGAUCUGACCCAUGAACGCCACCAUUACCACUAUAUAGAGGAGGAAGACUUUUACCCGUCUGGAGGUGUGCAGUGCCAAACCUCGUAGAGAUUCCUGUUCCCUUACCCUCCCUUCCACAAAUGCCACCUCUGCUGGAACACAAAGAAAAAGGACCAAGAGGGAAACCAUUAUUAACCUCUCAAAUAGUUCUGUGCCAAGAAUAAGACCUUUUAGUGCCGAACUCUUGGGUCAUUUGUUUGGAAGUAACUUCUCAUCCAAAAUUUUGACUGAAUAAUUUGUGAAAUAAACGUAAAAUGAGCUGUGA